AUGGAAACUUCACUGCUUGAGAAGUCCACAAAGACCAUAGAACGCUGUCAAGCAGAACUCUUAGAUCUAAUAAACGGUCAAAGAAAUUGGGAGCAUCUAGGAGACGAUAACAACGUGGAAUCAGAUCGCCUCAUGACUGAAUCUGGAAUCCACUUAAUAAAAGCUGUAGGUCUUAUUAACAGAACUCCUCAACAGAUUUUUGACGUAAUUUGGGAUUACCAACACAAAUCAGAGUGGGACGACAUGUGCCUUGAAAAUAUUUUGGUGCAGGAAUUUACCCCAGAUUUUAGAGUCCAAUAUCAGCGUUUUUGGGCUCCUUGGCCGAUUAACCAGAGGGAUUUUGUGUUUGCUUCAAAAGUAAUAAGAACUGAUGGAGAUAUUUUGAUUACAGGAAAAAGUAUAGAAACUGAGCUUGCACCUGAAAAAAGUGGUAUCGUUAGAGGAAGCAUAAAUACCUCAGGAUUUUACCUUCAGAGUUUGGGAGAAAAUUUAACGAGAAUUACCUAUUUAGUAUGUGUAGAUCCAAAGGGAAGUAUUCCUACGUGGGUAGUUAACCAACUUGGAAAAAGGCAGUGCCAAAUUGUGCAUAAAUUAAAAAUGAGGCUAGGAGAUGUCUAA